AUGUCUGCUGAAACCGCCACCUCCCCUGUGGCCGCGGAUGCCAACGCUACUUCUCCCGCCCCGGAGGCUCCUGCCACCAACGGCACCACGUUGAACACCAACAUCCCGCCUCAGAUGCCCGGCGCUAGCACUGAUCUCUCCACUCCGAUCUCGGCCGCUCCGUCGACCGCUCACCAGAACUCCGCGUCGCUCUAUGUCGGCGAGCUCGACCCCUCCGUCACUGAGGCUAUGCUCUUCGAGCUGUUCUCCUCCAUCGGCCAGGUCGCCUCGAUCCGUGUCUGCCGCGACGCAGUCACUCGUCGCUCGCUCGGCUAUGCCUACGUCAACUACAACAGCUCCGAGGACGGCGAGAAGGCCCUUGAGGAGCUGAACUACACCGUGAUCAAGGGCAAGCCGUGCCGCAUCAUGUGGUCGCAGCGCGAUCCCGCUCUCCGCAAGACCGGCCAGGGCAAUGUCUUUAUCAAGAACCUGGACACCGCUAUCGACAACAAGGCUCUCCACGACACCUUUGCCGCCUUUGGCAAUAUCCUCAGCUGCAAGGUCGCCCAGGACGAGCUCGGCAACUCCAAGGGGUACGGAUUUGUGCACUACGAGACCGCCCAGGCUGCCACAGACGCCAUCAAGCACGUCAACGGCAUGCUGCUGAAUGAGAAGAAGGUCUUCGUGGGCCACCACAUCCCGAAGAAAGACCGGAUGAGCAAGUUCGAGGAGAUGAAGGCGAACUUCACCAACUGCUACGUCAAGAACGUCGACCUCGACGUCACUGACGACGAGUUCCGUGAGCUAUUCGAGAAGUACGGUCCCAUCACUUCUGCAGCGGUCCAGAGGCACGACGAUGGCAAGAGCAAGGGCUUUGGCUUCGUCAACUACGUCAAGCAUGAGGACGCAGCCAGCGCGGUCGAGGAGCUGAACGAGAAGGAUUUCCAUGGCCAGCGACUGUACAUUGGCCGUGCCCAGAAGAAGCACGAACGUGAGGAGGAGCUGCGGAAGCAGUAUGAGGCUGCUCGCAUGGAGAAGCAGUCGAAGUACCAGGGCGUGAACCUGUACGUCAAGAACUUGGCCGACGAGGUGGAUGACGACAAGCUCCGCGAUAUCUUCGCCACGUUUGGCAACAUCACCUCCGCAAAGGUCAUGCGCGACACGAUCCCUGCCACCCCCGGCAACGAGACGCCGGUCAAGGACGACAAGUCAGACGGGGAGAAGAAGGAUGACGAGAAGGAAGCUUCGGAUGGCGAGUCUAAAGAGGCGAAGAAGGACGGCGAGGAGAAGGACAAGGUCGUGAUCAAGGGCGAGAAGAAGAUCCUAGGCAAGAGCAAAGGCUUCGGCUUCGUCUGCUUCAGCAAUCCGGACGAGGCCACCAAGGCCGUCACCGAGAUGAACCAGAAGAUGGUCAACGGCAAGCCGCUCUAUGUCGCCUUGGCGCAGCGCAAAGACGUCCGCAAGAGUCAGCUCGAAGCAACCAUCCAAGCCCGCAACCAACUCCGCAUGCAACAAGCCGCCGCCGCAGCCGGCAUGCCCAACCAGCCCUUCAUGCAACCCCCGAUGUUCUUCGGCCCCGGCCAACAACCCGCCUUCCUGCCACCGGGCGCGCGUCCCAUGGGCUUCCCCCAAGGCGUCCCACAAGGCGGCCGCGGCGCCGGCUUUCCCGGCGGCAUGCCACCCCAGCCCGGUGCCGGCCGUGGCGGGCCAAACGCUGCUCAAGCAAUGCCGCCCCAGAUGUACGGCAUCCCGCCGCAGAUGAUGGCAGCGGGCUAUCCACCAAACCCCCAGAUGUACGCCCAGCUUGCGCAGGUAGCACAGCAGGCGGCUAUGGGCCGCGGUGGCCGCGGUGCGCCGAUCCCGGGCAUGCCGGGCAUGCCGCCCCAGAUGCCUGGUGUCGUUCCGGCUAUGCGUGGUGGACAGGCAGGAUUUCCGCAAGGUGGACGCGGCGGCAUGGGCGGGCGUCCAGGACAAGGACCGCAGAUGCAGGGAGGCUUCCCAGGCGGACGCGGCAUGCCACCCCAGAUGGGCGGGCCGCCUGCUUCGGGCGGCUUGGAUCUCAACGUGCUGAAUGCGGCGCCGCAUCAGCAGCAGAAGCAGAUGCUGGGCGAGGCGCUGUAUCCCAAGAUCCACGAGAUGCAGCCAGAGCUCGCGGGCAAGAUCACGGGCAUGUUGCUCGAGAUGGACAAUGCCGAGUUGCUCAACUUGACCACGGAUGAGGGCGCCCUCCAGGCUAAAGUCGAUGAGGCGAUGAGUGUCUACGAUGAGUAUGUCAAGAGCAAGACGGGUGGGGAUGAGAAUGCGGCGCCGAAGGGGGAGGGGGCGGCGGUGGAGGAGGGGAAGGGGGAGGAGAAGGCUUGA